UCUCCAUCGGAAAUAGUAAGAGCUUGUCUGUAACUCCGAUUGCCAGCAUAUAUUUGUUACUGUCCAUCACCUAAACGCAAAGCGUGCAUAUCUCUUCAGUUUAAAACGUGGUCCUACGAGACUAAACUAUGGGAUGAAACCGUCGAGUUCCUGUAUUGAGCGAAAGGGUUCGUGCUAGCAGCUACCGAGACUUGACAGCAGUUAAAAGCCAGAUUGUGAUGCCGCUCGGAUCUCCUUUAGUUUCCAGACAUAAGAAGCGCACUGUUCGGGGCGAACAACUGCAUCCCUAUCUGCACAAGUUUUUGUGGUUCGAGCCAUAUCUUAAUCCACUGGUGUGGUGGAGGUUUGCCAGCGAGCCAAUGUUGACUUAGUUGCAUUUGAAAUGGAGCCCCCUGUCUAAAGAAAUGACUGUCACCUGCUAGCACACGCCCCCAAAACUGUCAGAGGAAUCGCAGUUCACAAAGAGGGGUAACUGCACCAUCCAUCACUCGUUUUCAGUGUCAAGUCUCAGUGCUUUGACCUUUCAUUCAUACCUCGAGAAAAGGAGUGUAUCAGAAGAAGUGAGUUGAGUAGUUCAGGUCAGAAUCGGCUUCAAACAUGAGUGCAGACUGGGGAGAGAAAUCCACAGCGGAGCUCAUGAGCAGGUAUGUCGCCAAGGAAAUGGGUUAUGGAGUACCCCGAGAAGGCUGGCGGAUCUGUCUGGCGCAUGAAUUCAAGGAAAAGAGGAAACCGUUUCAAGCGAAAGAUGUCUCGUUGUCCAAUGUCAUGGAACACCUUGGCCUUGGAAUCAGAUAUCUUAAGUGGUGGUACAAGAAGACCCAGGUGGAGAGGAAGGCGCCGUUCAUCGAUAUGUUUCGAGCGCUGCCCUUGCGUCAGAUAUAUGGUGCUCCACUCGGUGGCAUUGGUGGAGGAACCAUCACUAGAGGCUGGAGAGGGGAGUUCUGUCGUUGGCAGCUGACCCCGGGGAUGUACCACUACAAAACUGUCACAGCCAAUCAGUUUACAGUGUGCAUACGUCGAGAUGGACAGACGGUUUACCAGCAGGUCUUGUCGGUUGAGCGACCUCCCACGCUACAAGGCUGGAACUGGGGCUACUGCGGAGAGUACGCCUUCUACCAUGCUUUGUAUCCACGUGCCUGGACUGUCUACCACCUCCCAGGGCAGAAUGUCACGCUGACUUGCAGACAGGUUUCCCCAGUCAUCCCUCAUGAUUACCAGGACUCCAGUCUGCCCGUGGCAGUGUUCGUGUGGGACAUAGAAAACAAAAAUGAUCAUGCUCUGGAUGUGUCCAUCAUGUUUACACUGGUCAAUGGGUCGGGUCAGAAGGAUGACAAGAGUGGUGGACACUGGAAUGAACCGUUCCACUUGGAGAAGGAGGGACAGGUGGUUUCUGGGGUCCUGCUGCAUCACCGCACCACAGUUAACCCCUACACCCUGAGCAUUGCAGCACGAGAACAGCCUGACAGGGAAGUGAGUCAUCAGACAGCGUUCAGUCCCAAAGGAACCUGCAGUAGUUUGUGGAGUGACCUCAUCACCGAUGGACGACUGGACUCUCCCACAGGUUCCAGUCCACCAACGUCCAAAGGGGAGAAGGUGGCAGCAGCUUUGGCAGCCGGCUGCUCCGUGUCUGCUCAGAGCCGAAACACACUGGAGUUUUGCAUAGGGUGGGACAUGCCCAAAAUCACAUUUGGUUCUCGAGAGCGGGAACACACCAGGCGGUACACCCGUUACUUUGGGACCAAAGGAGAUGCCUGUCCCUCACUCUGCCACUACGCCUUGACACACUACAAACAGUGGGAGAGUAAAAUUGAGGAGUGGCAACAACCAAUCUUGGAGGACAGCUCUCUCCCCUCCUGGUAUAAGUCGGCUCUGUUUAAUGAGCUGUACUUUGUGGCUGAUGGUGGGACGGUGUGGACUGAGCUCCCGGAGGACGCCGAUAUUAGUGGUGGUAUUCGCAGCGAGAACGGAGGUCUGCCUGCUCAGCCUGACGUCGUAAAGGAGUACGGCCGCUACGCCUACCUAGAGGGACAAGAGUACAGAAUGUAUAACACUUAUGAUGUGCACUUCUACGCUUCCUUUGCACUCAUCAUGCUGUGGCCCAAGCUGGCCUUGAGUUUGCAGUACGACAUUGCUGGCAGCGUGGUGCAAACAGAUCCCACUGAGAGGCUGCAUCUGAUGAGUGGGCAACUUUCUCCCCUCAAAGCCAAGAACGUGGUGCCUCAUGACAUCGGAGACCCAGAUGACGAGCCCUGGAAGAGAGUCAAUGCCUACCUCAUUCAUGACACAGCAGACUGGAAGGACUUGAAUCUAAAAUUUGUCCUGCAAGUUUACAGGGACUUUCACCUCACAAAGGACGAGCAGUAUCUCAAAGAUAUGUGGCCCAUCUGCCAGAUGGUGAUGGAGUCUGAAAUGAAGUUCGACCAGGACGGAGACGGCUUGAUAGAGAACUCUGGAUAUGCUGACCAGACGUACGAUGGGUGGACCGUGACUGGACCGAGUGCGUACUGUGGCGGGCUGUGGUUGGCGUCACUUUGUGUCAUGUGUAAAAUGGCUCAAUUGCUGGAUCAAGGAGAGUUGUAUCAGAAUUACAAAGAUAUCCUGGACAGAGGCAGUAAAGCCUUUGAUAAACUCCUGUGGAAUGGUCAGUACUACAAUUAUGACAGCAGUGGUCGGGACCUGUCCAACAGCGUCAUGUCUGACCAGUGUGCUGGACACUGGUUCUUAAGAGCUUCUGGGUUGGGUGAAGGAGCAUAUCAGGUGUUCCCCAAAGAAAAGAUCUGCAGUGCACUGAAGGCUGUUUUCGAUUUGAAUGUAAUGAAGUUUGCUGGCGGUCAGAUGGGAGCAGUGAAUGGAAUGAGGCCUGAGGGAGUGCCUGACCGCUCCAGUGUCCAGUCUGAUGAGGUGUGGAUUGGUGUGGUUUAUGGAUUGGCUGCCACCAUGAUUCAUGAGGGUAUGCGUGAAGAAGGGAUGCGCACGGCGGAGGGUUGUUACAGGACAGUGUGGGAGAGACUGGGGAUGGCCUUUCAGACCCCAGAGGCCUACUGUGAAAAGGGCAUCUACCGCUCCUUGGCCUACAUGAGACCCCUCAGUGUGUGGGCCAUGCAGCUCGCACUAGACACAGCCACUGGAACUGGAGCUGCUGGCCGAGAGGAGGAGCAGACUGAAGGGCAAAGUCAAGCAGCAGGGGUGACAUCAGAGUGACACCGUUUAUAUACGCCACAUAGUGAGGUAUUCAACCGCUUCACUCCAUCUGUUGGUUCUGUGUGUUAUAAUUGGUUCUCAGCGAUCAGUCUGCAGUAUGUCUUGAGAGAAGUUUGUCAGUAUGAAAACAGUUCAGUGAAUCACGUUUUGUAUUUUUACAUCUCAGUACCGAUUAUGCAAAUCAUUUCAUUUCCCAGUAUUUCCUAGACACUCCUCACGAAACACGCUUCGUCUGUUUGCACGCAUUUACUCCCCACGGUUAUUGUUUACUCGGUCGUGUACAGUGUUGCGGAUGCAGUCGUUUGUUGAGCCAGAAAGACUGACUAGAACGAAUCACGACCCCGUUAUGUUUGCUGUCACCGUCUAGUCUCUGUGAAGUGACGUUAACAAUCCAGUCAAGAAUGUGUUUUUAUAAAAAUGGCGAUUUGUGCCUUGUUGCAUGCUGACCUCUAGCUACUGUAUAGACCUAGUGUUUGCAUUAUUUUAUAUAAUCAGAUAUUCAUGACAAUCACACUGAAUAAAUCGCUCGAUAUGACACAACUCAUUUUUCAGUUUGGCGUGGUGCUUGUGUGCUCCUGAGGUCACUAACAAAGUUCAAGUCCAACUAUAUACUUGAACUACGUUGGCUCAACUUCAGGUCUACACACAAGAUACUUUUCGGGGAUCAUGUCAUUGCCAACUCUUUCUUUCUUGUCUGAUCUGACUUUUCAUUCUUCCCCAACCGCUACCUGCUGGACACCUGCUGCUCAAUGAUGAGGGAAAAGAGUGGUGAUGCUGACACAUGCUGAAUUGUAUUCUGCAGGUUAUUGCAAAGUGAAAGAGUACUAAAUAUGUUUACUUAAAAUAAGUCGGCAUACGCAUGCAUAUGGAUUUGGCAUUUAGCAUAAAUCCACCAUUCCACCAUUCAAAAUACAAUUUGGGGUUAAAACAUAUGUGAUGGAGUUGCCUACUUUUGGUUACGUGACCUGAUCUGAAGCAAAGCAUUGUGUGUACUGGCCAUAGAUACACACUAGGCCAUAUUGUUGUAUACAUUGUACAUUCAGUUGGAAAAAUUAACAUUUUUCUUUAGGAUUUGCCUUCAAAGACAAGUACUGAAUAUUAGAUCAGAUUAUCUACCACUUGUGAGCAUGACCUUUGAUCUUUGAGAGUUAAAACAAGAUUAGUGUGUGACUGUGGACAUUCCAGUCUGGGGAACAGCAUUUUUUUAAGAGAGAGGUUCUUCAAUUUUAAACGCAGGAGUAGAGAACACAGUCUACAAAUGCUUCUCAAUUCAAUCGAACUCUGGCUUGAGAGCAUUUGAGUGUCCGAUUAGUUACAGUGAGUUGCUGGAAAAGAAUAUGUCUGGAUAUAUUUGGAUUUAUCAAGACGUUCUGGUGCAGCCGCUAGGUAGACAUUGGUGAUAAAAGAAACAAAGAAUGGGGGAAGAUGAAGCAAUUAAAAAGUGAAUAUGAGGUCUGUGUUCAGCUUGAAAGGAGUCUCUCUUCACCUGGAGGCAAAACACCACAAGACCAGUUCCACAGAGUCAACAUCUGAGUGGAAUAUCAAAGUUCAAGCAGCAACGGAUGAUUUUAACCAGCAGAUGACGGGGGAGGGGGCUUUCUGUUUAAUGAUUUAGUGAUGUAUUAUGUGAGUAUGAGUUUAUCUACAGCACAUUACGAUCUUAUGGUUUGAAAAGAUAGAUUGUCAGCAAUGAUAAACCACUACAAGGAUAUUUAAAUCACAGGCAGGAGAAAUGCGUACUUUCCCAUAACGCAGUUUUUUAAUUUCUUUUUUUUUUUUUUUUAAAGUGGUUUUUUUUUUUGCUUAACUUAAUUGUGGCAAAAACACUCUCUUCCAUUAUUUAAAAGAGAAAAAACUCAUAACGAAUUUCUUAGUUCCAUUCAUUCUUGCAAAGUAUUUUUUUAAAUACAUUUAUCUAGUGUGAGUAAUAAAGAAUCUAAUGUAAUCUCAUAAAAUGAAUUUGUGGACAAAAUAAAUGGCCUGUCAUUCAUUGU